AUGAACGUUCUACCUAGCCCCAUGGUCAGGGCCCACCAGGACCAGCCUCUUCCUCUCUGCUCCCCAGGCCCCCACCUCCAGGAUCUCUCCUCCUGGUGUCCCCCAGGGCUGGGUGCUGGUCAUGGGAACAGGCUGUUGGCCACGGGGGGCUGCAUGGGGCCUGAGAGACCAGGAAAGCCCCCAAGGGAACUUAGCCCUGAGGAGCAGCAGGAGCUGAGGAGGAAGAUCAACAGCCGGGAGAGGAAGAGGAUGCAGGACCUGAACGUUGCCAUGGAUGCUCUGAGGGAGGUAUUGGUGCCUCACGCCUCCUCCUCUCCUACCUCCUCGUCCUCCUCCCAAGGGCCACACUGCCACCAGCAGCAGCUAGGAGCCCAACCCGGACACAGGCUCUCCAAGAUAUCUACCUUGGUCCUUGCCCGUAACUACAUCCUCCUCCUGGGCUCGUCUCUGCAGGAGAUGCGUCGGCUCCUUGGGGAGGUGGGUGUCGGGGUGGGGGUUCACGCGAGGCCCGUCCCCAGGCUGCUCCUGGCCAGGGGGUGGCCCCUCCUUACCGGCCCCAAUCAGCUACUCCUUUCCCCCGAAUCUCUCCUGACCUCUGCCUCCUCCUCCAUGUGUCCUCUUUUGCCCCCUGGCCACUUGGAGGGCCCCAUGGCCUCGGUGCAGUGGGGCUCGGCUGGGGCUCCCGGGGGGCCACUAUGCCCCUGUGGGGUGUGCAGGCUGCCCAGGUUCAGCGACCCCAGCCCUGGACACAGGUUCCCAAAGUGA